AUGCCUCGUUCUCAAAUGAACUCUAGUGUUGAGGAGACAAAAUAUAACUUCGCCGAGGUUGAACAUGAAGCUCAUACGAACGGUUCCAAAAAGUCCAAGGUAGAAUAUGAUCGUUUUGCAUUUUUGUCAUGCCUGUUUGACGCUUACAAUCGCUACAAGGUUCAAGAUGAUAUCGCUCGCCUGGAACGCGCUGUGAAUGCUCUUCAAGCACAAGUUGGCAAGCUAUCCGACGAACGACGGCUGCUCAAAGACAACUAUGACAGACUCAAGAGAGAUAACCAGCGAAGGAUGUGGGAAAUAACCAAACUUCAAGGAGAGAAUCGGGAUGUCAAGGAGAAAUGCGACAAAAUCCAACAAGAGAAUCUUACGCUCAAGACAAAGAGCACCGAGUUCCGAGUGGCAAUCAAGAAACUUGAAGCGAAGAACCGGGAUGUCAAGGACAAAUGCGAACAGAUUGAACGGGAGAAUCUCAUGCUCAAAACAAAGGGCACGCAGUUCCAAGUGGCGAUCAACAAGCUUCAAGCGCAUGUCAGGGAUCAUUGCUCAUUAAUUACUGGCGUACAGGAUUCACUCAAUUUGAUAAGGGGCGGCAAGAAGUGA